CACAGGGGCCCCGCUGAUGGUGCCGAUAAAUACCAGACCGGAGAUCAGCUGCCGUCACUCCGAUCCAUCAGCUGAUGAUCAAAAUGAAGAUCCUGCUCCUCCUGCUCCUCCUGCUCGCAGUGUGUCCGUGCAGCCACUCCUCUGCAGCUCACUAUCCGACCGGGAAGAACCGGCCGUGCUGCCUCCACGUCUCCAGGAAGAACCUCAGCAGUCAAGUUGUCGGCUCGGCUUUCCAUAAGCAGCCGGCCCGGUUUCCCUGUGUGAGAGCCGUGAUACUCUACACACAGACUGGACCCAUAUGUGUCCAUCCCAGAGACUCCUGGGUCCAACAAGUCAUUGCCAAUAUUACGAAGAAGGAAUAAAGCGAACAUGAACACACUGUUGGACAUGCAGCUUCAUUUAAAAUAUUAAUAAUCCUCAGGCCACUGAUUCUUAUAUUUAUUUUCUUCUACAAGAAAAAUUUAUAUUUAUUUGACCAAUAAAAUUGCUGCAUUUGCUUUCAACACUUAAAAUAAUUGCAUUUUUCCCACUCGUCUCAUUUUUGUACUUAUGAACUUUCCCUGUGAAAUGCUUUAUGAAAUAUAAAUAAAUUUGCUUACUUAUUCACUCAAAUAAGUGAAUUGUGCUGC